GGGGGGGACACGACAGGGGUAGGAACAUAGCUAAGCAGCUCCGUCCCUGAGAUCUGGGUACAUCUAUUUGCUGUGAUGUCCCUUAGGGGGCUACAGCCUGCAGGGAUGCUCUGGGCCAGUGAACAGAGAGAAACAAGCUUUUAGGCCCAAUCUCGCUUUCAAAAAGAGAAGGGGAGAGAAGAGGAGAAAUCUUUUGUUUGGUGUCUCUUGGCAAUCGACUAGCCGUGUUGGCCAAAUUCUUUUAAUCUGUAUCACUGCUCACAGCUGUGGGACUGCAUUCCCAUUUUUAGUUUUUACCUAACCUCCUCUUCCUCCCCUCCUCCCCCCCCCCCAAUCUCAAGCCACCUCCUUUAUUAAAAAUAAUAUAUAUAUGUGUAUAUAUAAAAUUGUAUUCCUCUUUAGAAGAAGGGGCAGGAGGUGAAGUUUAGUUAUAUACCAUGGAAAAUUGACUCCAAAGUAUGCAGAAGUGUCUGUAUUCAGAGUACUAAAAAAAAAAAAAAACCCUUACUUUUAUUAUUAUUAUUUUUUUAAAAACCUGGGUGUUAUGGAGUUGCGGUUACUUUGUUGUGUUAACUACAGAAGCUGAGACUGUGCGGAUGAAUGGCACAGAACAAGAGAGCAUAAUGGAGGCAAUCAACCGUUAGGCUGGUUCACAAUGCAAUCCAGGCAAUUAAAAGCUCACCAGAGUUUAAAUGAAAUGGUUCUACUUAUUUCUGUGCACCACGCUGCACAGGCUAUUAUUUAUGUCUCUUUUUUUAAUUAUGAUUUCCCUUAAACUGUCAAAUAACUCAGAAUAGCGGGGUCUCGGAGGCGAUAAGAAUUUUCCACGGAACAAUUUGCAUGCCAAUCUAAAACUAGUUACCACUCUCGAUGCGCUGCAUGCAAGCUCUGAAAUGUUUCUUCCCUUCUGAAACCUUAACUUUCUUUCUUUUCUUUUUCUUUUUUUCUUUUUUUAAGUCUGUGCGUAUUGUCCUGAAUAAUUGGAGCACUGAGUGCUUAUAGGAUAGAGCUGCAAAGUGGGAGAGCCUCUGAAAAGCACUCUCUCUUUUAUUUUUUAUCUUCUGCUGGAUCUCCAGCUCUCUUGCUGACUGCACAUUGUCUGUCAGUAUUCUGUCUUCUAAAGACCACUGCCCUGAUAUGUAAUUUGCCCCAAACUGAUUUUUAUUUUUUUCUUAUUUUGAAGUAGAGCAAGUUUUCCCUCUCUUGCUGUGCAUCCCCCUGUCCUUGGUUUAACUGUGUGUGCUGCAGUGAAGGAGGAGUGAGUGGGCUCUAAAAGUUUGUGAGUGCUGUGGUGUGAGAGAGCAUCCAGUGCUGCCCCCGAACAUCCCCUGUGCCAUGAACCACAGCUGUCCUUGCGGCCUCUUGGUUCCUGCAGGGACCGGUCCUGCGCACAGAUGCUGCUAGCAGAGCUCGUUCUGUCAGAGCUCUACACCCUGGUUCCGGAAAAGGUGAUCUGAGUGACAUGAGUUCACGUCUCUGCCUUCCGUCAGGAGUCUGACUUAGCCUUUUCCAGCGAUCCUUCCUCUUUAUCCUGGAAUUCAUAGCUGCAGAUCCCUUGUCAGUGUUUCCUUGCGCAUUAACAACCACUGCCAGGGACAGGAGUCACUUGUAUCCAACUUAUCUGGAGAGACAGGGAGGGAUGGUGGAGCUUACAGGCUGGGUUAGGAAGUUCUCUCAUCAGGAAUGUGGAUUGCCGUUAGAAGUCUUAUUCCUGACUGCUGCAGUUCGUGUGCGGUGUCCUGGGGUUUGGCGAGGGGGAAGGAGAGAGGGAUGGUGAGCAGGAUGGGGAAAGUGAAUUGGGCUGAAAUAGAAGGGGUUCGCCUGGCAGCGACAGGCACUGAAAUGUCUCUGUACUGAGUGCAGAUCUGCUCCGGGAUGCAGAUCAUGGACAGAAGUUUACCAAACUAAAGGGAAAACCGGGUUCAGUUUUUGCAGCCUGGGUGUAGCACUUUGGAGCCGUCCGUGUUUGCUCUGCCUUCUGAGGGAGGGGGCAGCAGGGUGGCCAGUCAGCACGCUGUGCUCCCGGCAUCAUCUCAGGGUGCCCUGGGUGCGGUCAGCCUCAGAGCUCCUGUCUGCACCUGGGGAUAGCCAGCUGUGGGGCUGCAGCCUGUGGGAGCUGCAGGUACGCUGACUGCUGCUCUGGGCAGCUGAAAGCACACACACGCUAUGUGGGAAGUGUCACUGUACUGGAGAUCUGAUGGGAGCAUUAAAGGGAGGAGAGAUGGUCUGGGAGGUGAUCUGCAUUAGGCUGGGUUAUGCCAUACAGGAGAAGUAAUCAAGUAUUCCGUUCUUGGAAUUAAGUGAUUUAAUCCAGGUCUGUGAAUAAAAGGGCAUGUGCAGAGAAUUCGGAGCUGCGUAAAGCACUUCUUGGGGCACUGCUUGUGUUUUGUUUUGAUUAUUCUAUGUCUCCAAAAAAAAAAAAAAAAAACCUUUUUUUUUUUUAAUAUAAUGAAGCAGUAGUUUAAUUUUAACUUUCAUUAAAAUAGAAGCAGCUUCGUUGUAAGUAAAGUGUGAAAAACAUCAGGUCUGUCUAAAAGGAAAAGCAUUCCUUCCCUCCUAUAGCUGCUGCAUACUGAAUCCUUAAUCUGGACAUGCUGCCAGCAGGAUGUCAGGGCCACCUUCUCCUCACCUCGAGCUCAGAAGCGUGGGGCUGUUAGCAGUGCCUCCGAGUGGUGCCUGCCCCUUUCCACUUCUCUCUGUAAGGAGGGUUUGGGCUAACCAGCGUGACAGCGCUCCGUCUGCUUUCCGAACGUAACAAGAGCCUCAAAACAGUGCCAGACUGUGUGCCACACAGCGCGUGCUGGGCUUGUAUUUGUAACACAAUAAUCUGGUGUUUGCAGCGUAUUCCUUAAGAAUUACCGUGCUUGAUUGCUGCAGUAAGCUUAGAUGCUGGCUCAUUGCUGUUGCAUCUCGUUCCCCUUGUGGAGCGCAGGGCAGCCCAUCAGCUGGGAUCAGGGACGCAGCGCUCCUUAUCAGCCAACAAAAUUUCUACAUUACGAUUUUUUUUCUUUAAAGCCCUUAACUGCGUUAGCCGCUAGUUUAUCCUGGCUUCCCUCAAGCUAAAGAUUAAAGUCCCAGAGCAGCCCUUCUCGCUUCUGAACUUUGUCACUGAGUUCCACGAAGUUGAUGCCAACUGCGGUCUGUUUUGUGUGCCUGUCCUCCGCUUGGUGGUAGAGGGGCUCAGGGGUAAGCGUGCCAUGGGCUCUGAGGGGGUAUUUAUGUAUAUGCAACUUCACAGAUUAAGCCUUUUCACCAAGCAAAUAUAUCGGCGAUCCUACAAGACUGCCCUGUACCAUUGGUCUGGUACAGGCGCUUUACAAAAGUCUCUGCUGUUUUCGGUGUUCUUAGUCGUUUGCUUGUAGCUGUGUUACCUUGCUGCUUCACGCCUGCACCCUGGGCUUAGGGGAGCCCUCUGGCAGCUGCAUAUGCUGUGGCGCUUGCUCAGGACGAGCGCUGUGUGUUCUUUCCCAGCCCUGCCCAGCCGCAGAGCCCGUGCAGGUCGCAGGUUCUCAUCCUCCCACUUGGGAAUGAGAAACAGACCUUAUGAGUUGCCGAGUGGUAUAGGAGCUGCGAGAAGAGCAUUGAUUGGAAGGUAAUGGGAAGGCAGCAAUGCCAAUUUGAUACUUAUGGAUAGAGAAAUAAAGACCUUGGAUUAUCUUAUUAGGAGCUAUAGAUGCUCGGCAGCAGUAUUGCCACGGUACUUUGGGGUGCUCACUAGGAGAACUGUCUCUGUAAUCAAACAGCUAAUUUAACAGACAAAUAUAUUCGUCCAAAAUGCAUGGUAGAAUGUGUUGCAAAGCUAAGAGUGGGGAUGUUAUAUGUUAUUUGUUGACCAGCUUCACAGGUGAAAGUUGUGAGUUCAGCUUGAUAAACCCUGCACAGUCACAUAGCUGGCUCUACGCUUGCUGCGGUCCACGUACAUUCAAUGCGUUUCACGUACACGUAUGGAUCCCUGGGAUGCCUCAGCUUGCACAGCAUUUAGCCUCUUGUCUUCACAGUGCUGAUAUUCAUAAAGGCACGCUGUACCAUCACUUCAAAGAUUACACUCAUUUUCAUGUUUUCCUUAUGAGACCUUUAAAAAUAAGUAAAAUAAAACAGCAGCCAGUGCGUGUUCUCUCUACCUGAGACUGCCUUUCUGAGGUAGUGUGCUGCGGCACCAACGGAGAUGCGCUGAUAGAAGCUGGGGCUGCAAAGCUUUCCUAAGAGCAGUAGUGUAGUGUUCUUGAUGAGGAGCUCUUGAAUUUGCUGUUCUUUGUUACAAGACUAUUUGACCUUUCCCAGUCGCUGCGUUAAGAACGGGGUGCCGUGCCCUGAACUUGGGAGAAGGAUUCUCCUGUCGGCAAAAGCGUUUAUUUUCAUCUUACAAAAUUCUCGUCGUGAUGCUCAGAUGCACUCUAAUGAAUAGCAAUUUUUUUUUUCGGUUGUAUCUCUGAUUGGCUUAAAACAGUGAGAUAACCUAGUAAUCGAACUGCGUGUCUGUUUGCUUUCCUCUCUGAUGCCUGUUUGAUGUACAGCAAAGCGUCCACAAGGCUAUGAUUUUGCUUCUUCUAAGAAAUGACUUUCAGAGGAUCAGUGUGAGUGUAAUCGGCUGGCAGUUUGUGAGACCAGCCAAGAGAGACCAGUCUGUAAGCACUUUGGGGCAGUGACCUCCUCUCCCCAUUUACAGCAAAACUGAGGGCCAUCGAUUUCUUUUGUAUGGAUCUCUGGAAGGCAGCUGCAGUGCUCCACAUGCCAUCGCUCAACUGUAUUCCACUUUUGCCCAUUCUGUCCCUUAAACAGCGGUUCAAGGGCUUGAAUUGUUAUUUAAAUACUCUCCGAUAUUGCGUUCAAAGGUAUAUAUAAUUAAUGGGCACCACUGGACUCCUUUUCCCAAACUAUCUAUUGGAUAAAAUUGAGAUUAGAGAGUAGGGCAGAGAUUUAUUAUUAUUAUUAUUGUUAUUAUUAUUAUUAUUUUCUGUGACAAACUGGCAACAGUCUGACCUUGUGCAGCUUAUUUAAGGUCAGAGUUUUCAGCAGGUCCUUAGACUGAAGGAUGCAAUGAGAGAUGCUGGUACUGAAGUCUCUGUACAUCUGAUUGCUUCAUUCUUGUGCCUAAGAAUGAAAAUCUUAAAAAACAAAACAACCCCUGCUGCAAAAAUAUCUGGGCAAAACCUCCCUGUACCUCUGGCCCCGUACCUUUGAUAGCUUCAGUCUUUCCAUCUCUAGAAUCUGGAGUGCUCAUAUGCUAAACAUUGAGUAUGCUGGGCAAAAGUAUACAAAUGCUCUCAGUCCAGCCAGACACCAAGCCGAAAGGUUGUGCUGGCUGCAACCGUAAGAUUAAAGACCGAUAUCUUCUAAAGGCCCUGGACAAAUAUUGGCAUGAAGACUGCUUGAAAUGUGCCUGCUGUGACUGCCGCCUGGGGGAGGUGGGCUCCACUCUGUACACCAAAGCCAACCUUAUCCUUUGUCGCAGAGACUACCUGAGGUUAUUUGGCGUUACAGGAAACUGUGCUGCCUGCAGUAAGCUCAUACCUGCUUUUGAGAUGGUGAUGAGAGCUAAGGACAAUGUUUAUCACCUGGACUGUUUUGCAUGUCAACUUUGUAAUCAGAGAUUUUGCGUUGGAGACAAAUUUUUCCUGAAGAACAACAUGAUUCUGUGCCAGACAGACUAUGAGGAGGGUUUGAUGAAAGAAGGUUAUGCACCCCAGGUUCGCUGAUCUGAUGCCGCACCGUUAAGAAUACAAAGCACUACGUUCUUUUAUCUUUUUUGCUCAACAUGUAUAUAAGAAAUGACACAGGAACCUACUGAAUAGCGUAGAUAUAGGGAGACAGAAUGGUUGCGUGAAAUAAAAGGCGGACUGCAUCUGUAUGUAGUGAAAAUUGCUCCAGUUCAGAGUUGAAUGUUAAUUAAAAAGGUACUGUACAUACAGCUGGAUUCUUUUGCUUGCUAUUGGGGUUUUUGGUUUGUUUGUUUGGGGUUUUUUUUUUGUUUCUUUUUGUGUCACUUGGCAUGAGAUGUUUAUUUUGGACUAUUGUAUAUAAUGUAUUGUAAUAUUUGAAGCACAAAUGUAAUACAGUUUUAUUGUGUUA